AUGGCCGUAGGCUAUCCAAAGAGAGGGAGAAGAGCUGGCGUGAAGACAAGAGCCGAAGAAGCUAGGAAACAGUUUAACAUUCCUGUGAUUUCGUCCCCGUGUUUUCAGUAUGCAAAUCUGCAUCUAACGCGAGGAGUGAAUUUUAACAACCUUGUCGCAGUUUCCAAGACGAAACCUAGCCAUCAAAACCGAGCGUCAGUCCAUUUCGUCCCUAGAGUAAUGCUAGCGAAUGCUAUGUCCUUAGUUCCGAAGCUAGAUGAGGUUCAAAAACUCUUAUUACGGCUAAACGUUCAUGUCGGAUGCAUCGUGGAAUCUUGGCUGAAACAACGUAUUAAUGACUCUGUUGUAAACACUGACGGUUAUAAUAUCGUCCGAAAGAUCGAUCCUCUCACGAACAUGGCGGCGUAUGUAUAUAACAUUCAAGAUCAUAUCAAGUUCGAAAUCCCCGAAAAUUUACAAUGCUGCAACGAUCACGAAAUAAUAUGGCUGAAGCUUAAUCCACCAAGAACCCCUCGCGGGUUUUCGUGUAUAAUAUUUGGCCUUGUUUACUACCCCGGUCGGACCAGUCCCGCAGAAUCCGAUCCCCAUAUCCUGAAUGACCAUCUCUUCGAAAGUCUAACUUUGGCAGAAGCUGCACUUCCCAACUGUGGGAUUAUUCUCACAGGAGAUUUCAACCGUCUCAAUACAAGCCGCCUGCAAAAGCAUUUCAAGCUCAAGCAACUCGUGAAAUUCCCUACGAGAGGGAACGCAACGCUCGAUUUAUUUUUAACUAACAUGGGUGAUCAUUUUGCAACUCCUGAGCCGUAUCCACCCUUUGGGCUCUCGGAUCAUUGCACAGUUUUCGUAAGACCUAAGGAACGAAUCCCGAACCAGAAAACAAGGAAAUCCAUCUCAAUCAGGGACAAACGGGACAGUAACAAGGCACGCCUCGGCCGUUAUUUUAGGAACAUUGACUGGUCAUGCGUCACAUAUCAACCGUCCUGCGAGGAAAAGCUUAAAGUCUUCAGUAAUCUAGUGGACAUUGGCAUAAACAAUAUCAUGCCCGAAAGGUCAAUUCGCAUUUACCCAAAGGAUUGUCCCUGGAUGUCAGUUAGGCUAAAAAAGCUUAUACGCAUGCGCCAACAAGCCUUCUAUUCCAACAGGCAUGGCCUGGCAUAUAAGUUCUAUAGAAACGCUGUUAACAAAGAAAGGAAACUAUGCCAAGGGAAAUACUACGCUUCCAAAGUCCAAGAUCUUAAAGGUGUAAACCCUCGUUCGUGGUGGAAAGAGGUUAACAAGCUUAGUGGCGCAAAGAGUCAGAAUGUGAACCUACUAAACGCCCUAAACGUCCCGGACUUGGAGAAUUUGUCCGCGCCUGAAAUCGCCAACGAAGCCACCCCAGAGCGAGUCUAUGGAAAUUUGUUACACCUGAAUAAACACAAGGCCCCAGGCCCCGACGGCCUGUCUAACUGGUUCUUAAAGGAGUACGCGGAACUGCUAUACCAACCAAUAGCUGACAUUCUUAACUCAUCAUACAAAGAGCAGAAAUUACCAUCUGUUUGGAAGCACGCGGACGUUACUCCACCCCCGAAAGUAAGACAAGUCGUAGAUCCCAAGAAAGAACUCAGACCGAUCUCGCUAAUCGCAUCGCUUUCCAAGGUUGCAGAGGACUUCGUAGUAUCAGAUUACAUAAUACCAGCCUUAGAGAGGAUAGCUGAUUCAAACCAGUUUGGCACCGUAUCAGGUUCAUCCACUGUCCUCGCUCUGUUAA